GGAAAGCGCCAGGUUCGAUAUAAUAAUCCAUUUGCUAUUUGCAUUUACAUGGAUGAGAAUCGGAGCGGGAAUGGGGUAGAAAAACAGCGACUUUCUUUCUUUGUUUCCUUCUUUGUCUUUAUCUCUUUCUCUCUCAGUUCAGUUCAGGUUUACGUUACUGACAUGACAAAUUUGCAUUUGUAUUGUUAAAGCACAGAAAAAAAUAUAUAACAAAAGUUAUAUAUACAAUAAUAGUAAUAAUAAUAAGUACAAAACCAAAAUUGAUAAAACAAGAGAAAGUUUAAUUAUUAAGUAUUUACAAUAAUUAAAAACCUAUUUAAUAUGUGUCUGCAGCACAUAAUUUAUCUUUAUCUCCCAAAGGAUCUUCUGUUAUUUGUUAUUUUUCUUUCUCACACACACACACACGAAGGGGAGGGGGAGAAGCAGAGGGCUUGGAGAUGAGCGGUGGGCGGACCCUAAACUUGAUGACACUAAUAUUAUUGGUUGUUGGAGGUCACGGCAUUGUAGCCAAUAGAAACGUAGCAGCUUUGCCUUUAUGAAGAGCGAUCGGAGGUCGUUGACUUUUAUUUCGAUUUAGUUCAACAAACUGAAGGGAAUUGCAAAAUGAGUGGAAGGGGAAAAACCGGAGGUAAAGCUAGGGCCAAAGCCAAGACUCGCUCCUCCCGCGCCGGGCUGCAGUUCCCGGUGGGCCGUGUUCACAGGCUGUUGCGCAAAGGUAACUAUGCCGAGCGCGUCGGCGCCGGCGCUCCCGUCUACUUGGCUGCUGUGCUGGAGUAUCUGACCGCUGAGAUCCUUGAGUUGGCCGGUAACGCCGCUCGCGACAACAAGAAGACCCGUAUCAUUCCUCGUCAUCUGCAGCUGGCUGUUCGUAACGAUGAGGAGCUCAACAAACUGCUCGGAGGAGUGACCAUCGCUCAGGGUGGAGUGCUGCCCAACAUUCAGGCUGUACUGCUGCCCAAAAAGACCGAGAAGGCGGCUAAGACCAAAUAAACGUUUUUCUUUUUCCUGUUAAAUUGCAAAUAACCAAAGGCUCUUUUAAGAGCCACCCACCUUAACAACAAAAGUGCGGUUU